GCAGUGGAGCCUUGUACGAGGAGUGCGUUUGAUUGUUACAAGCCUCAAUGGCGGAUAGAGCGGGAUAGUGGUUUUGAGGACAAUAACAUCUCGGUAAUUUUUAUUUGUGGCGUGACUUAGUCCGCCUUUUAUUACGGUGUAUUCUACGGAAGAAGGGACUCCUGUGCAUGCAGCAAAAUUACGGCAGUUGAGAUUAAAAUCUCAUUAGGCUGAUAUAAACUGGCUAGCAAGGUAGCUAGCUAAGUACAAUCCUUCCAAACCAAAGGAAGUUGCUAUUUCAAUUCAUGGUGGCUAGCUAAAUAUGGGGGACUCUCUUGAACUGAUUGGGAAGCGACUUCUACUGCUCCUCAAUGAUGGCAGGUCCGCAGCUGGACCCGAAACGGAGCAGGCCGCCUGGACUCGUGACUGGCUCCGGGGGACAGUUCGGGCGGUCAGCGUCAUAGGUUUGGCCAGCCCAGGGGUAGAGGUGAGCGGAGGAUUGGCGACAACAACAACAGCAGCAGCAGCGGGGCUUACGGUGUUUGUAGAGUUCGAAGACUGUGCGUGGCGUCGGCGGUCCUGGGUUCAGGUGUAUGGGGAGGAGGUGAGAGCUGUGCUGGUGGAGAGCUCCAUUGUCUGGGCUAACCGCAGCGAGCCCAACCAGAACCACCCCACUGUUGAUGGAGUCCCUGACAGGACAGCCUGGCCUGCCUUGGUGUUCCGUUCUCUAGUGGACCGCGUGGGUCUGGGUUCCCUUGUCCCUGUGGAGUUUUUUGGAAGCAGAACCCUCGACUUCCUCCCUGAUGGGAACUCACUCCAGAGAUUUGAGGUAGAGAAUGAUCUGAGGCACUCUUUGCUGUUGGAGCAGCCCUGUCUUCAGGCAGCCGUGUCCAGCUGGCACAGCGACUAUGAGCUCCAGGAGAUCCUGCGGAAGGGCUCCUACACCAUUCAGAGCAGGAGGGUUCAGGUGUACCAGUGUGAGUUUGAGGAGACCUGGGCCCUGGGCCUGGUCUCUCGGCACGACCCAAACUCCCACAUAAUGGAGAUCACCAUGGACCAGGGCGAGGACACCCAGGUCGUAGAUCCGCGGGUGAUUCAUGUGAUGCUGGCUGAAGACGAGGUUGACUUGAUUUUGGUUGUACAUCGGUCCCUCCUCCAGAACGGGAAGAACACUCGCCGGAGGAAGGAGAGCGACGGCGGGAAGGGCGAGAGCGGCCGCCGACGGAGGACUGCCUCGGAAGGCGAGGAGGACGUGACCCUGAAGCGCUUCAAGGGGGCGGGGGAGGGAUCAGUGGAGGGCCAGAAUGGAAGCGGCUCCGCCAAGGCUUCUGUGGAGGGGAUGGUAACGUGGGGGGCCGAGGGAGCGGCUGGAGGAAUGGAUGGAGGCAGGGUGAACAGCACUGCCAACAGCAGCACUUCUUCCGAGGUCACACACGGGCGCGCCUCCCCGAACACUGUUUCCUCCCAGAUAGAUCAAACAAACGCUCUCCCUAGGUACCCCAAGGAGAACGGUCGCUCCCUCUCCGCACAGGACCGACAGGGGUCUGUCGACUCCACCGCAGCCACCCCCACCCCACCCCCCCUCAAACCUGCUCCAUCCCCCUUCUCCAACACCUCCUUCCCCUCUCUGGGACAGAUGCCCAGCCUGGUUCCUGGGGCUCUGGCCCCCAAGCCUCCAGCAGCCCCCGCUACGCCAGAGAGAGAGGAACAAUCCCAGUCUGCCUACCCGAAGACUGCUGCCCUGGUCUCUCCCGGCCCGGUCACCAUCUUGUCCCCGUCGCAGGGCACUGCCUCCGGUGUGGCUCUCUCUGCCCCCCUGGGCUUCAGUUCCAAACCCACUGCCUGGAUAGGACCAUCCAACCUAACUGAGGGCUCCAAGACUCCCAUCCUGGCUGCACCUGGGUUCCGGCUGCCCCAGUCCCUGCCUGCUGGUGCAUCUGUGUUUGGGGCGUUGACUUCCCAGACCAACGGUUCCUCCAGCACCCCCUCCGCCCCCCAAGACUCGUCCAGGCCCUUCGGAUUUCCCUUCGGAAGUGCCAAGAGCAACGAGGCCCAACCGCAGAAGCAAGAUCAGAACUUAUUCUUCCAGUGUAUGAGUCCGAAGUCUGGCCAGAACCCUGGUGGUCCUAACCAGAACCCGAGUCCCAGUCAGAGCCAGUCGAAGGACACCAACUACUUCACAGCUGGGUCAGAGAGCUUGAAUAAGAAGCCUCCUGGUCUCUUCAAGCCCUCCGCCUCCACAGAGGGACUCAAAAAGACUAUACUGGCCCCUGCAUCUGCUGGUCUGUUUGGCUCCACUACAUCUCCUCUCAAAGAGCAGUCCCAAGUGUCUGAGCCCCAGGCAGCUGGCAACGGAGUGCUCAGCAAGCCUUUCGGUGGGGACAAACACUCUCCUUCCUUCAGCAGCAGCUCUGGGGGGAUGAGAGGGUCUAGUAUGGGCAUGGGGACAAUGGGCACCCCUCUCACCACUGCCACUGGAGCUACUGGUGGUGCCAGCAACAGUAUUGGUGCUAACGGUGGAACGGGGGGCAGCUUUGUCGUCAAGACAGACAGCCACCAGAACCUGUUCCUCCAGGGCUCAAAGGAGCCCUCCAACCCCUUCUUGGCUUACGGGGAGAAGCUCUCCCACAGCCCGUUUAGCGGCAAACCAGCCCCUCUGCAGCCUGAGACCCCGGGUUCAGCCUUUGAGAGCAAAUCCAACCUGUUCAGAAUGGCGGAGCCGCCAAAGGGCAUCCUGUCUUCCCCCUUUGCCUCCCUUUCAGCUGAUGUUGCCUCCAGCUCCUCUUCCUCAUCUGCACCCAGCCCCAACUUCACCCAGAGGCCCCAGUCAGACACCCCCAAGCCCAAGGAGGACCCAUCCACUGAGGACCAGGACUGCUCAGCUGAGGGUGGUUCCCUGGAUGACCAGCCCUGCUCCACUUCUGGCUUCCCCGUGUUUGGGAAUGCUGUCCCUGGGGGAAGUGGUGAGGACGCACCCAUGCCUUUUGAACAGGGCCAAGCCCAGAAGUUUGCCCUGGAGGAGCGAGGCCAGGCAUCAAAACGUGACUCAGACUCCAGCGCAAACAGUGACCUGUCAGAUCUGAGUGAGACGGAGGAGGGGCUGGAGAGGGGCCACGCUCCUGGCAGCCUUCCGGGACCCGUGAAGGAGGGUGCCAUGCUGCUUCAGAAGACCAAAGGCCCUGGGGCAGCCAAGAGCCGGCCACGCAACAAGCCCUUUAAAGUGGGCCAGUCGGUGCUGAAGGACGUGACUAAGGUGCGUCGUCUGAAGCAGUCUGGAGAGUCUUUCUUGCAGGACGGGUCCUGUAUCAAUGUGGCUCCACACCUCCACAAGUGUCGUGAGUGUCGAAUGGAGCGCUAUAGGAAAUACCGGGAGCAGGAGCCUGAUGACGACGACCCCAACGUGGCCUGCCGCUUCUUCCACUUCCGCAGGCUUGCGUUCACGCGUAAGGGCAUCUUGCGCGUAGAGGGCUUCCUGAACCCCCAGCAGAGUGACGCCAUGGCCAUGGGCUUGUGGCUGCCCUCGCCCUCCGUCCAGGAGGGCCUGGACCUGGACACUUCCAAAUACAUCCUGGCCAACGUGGGAGACCAGUUCUGUCAGCUGGUGAUGUCUGAGAAGGAGGCCAUGAUGAUGGUGGAGCCACAUCAGAAAGUGGCGUGGAAGCGGGCGGUACGUGGCAUCAGGGAGAUGUGUGACGUGUGUGAAACCACCCUCUUCAACAUCCACUGGGUCUGCAGGAAGUGUGGUUUUGGGGUGUGUCUAGACUGCUACCGACUACGCCGGAACCGACCUCUGGAGGAGGUGGAUGAGGGACCAGACGAUGAGGUGUUCUCCUGGUUGAAGUGUGUUAAGGGCCAGAGGCACGAACCUCAGAACCUAAUGCCCACACAGAUCAUACCCGGAACAGCGCUGUAUAACAUCGGUGACAUGGUGCACUCGGCCCGAGGCAAAUGGGGCAUCAAGGCCAACUGCCCCUGCACCAGUCGACACCACAGGCCCCUAGUGCGGCCCGGCGCGCCCAACGGCAUUUCCCAGCAGUCUGCGGUCUCUUCCGGCUCAGGAGGUAGUGGCAGCGGACCAAUUGCAGGUGGCGGGGGGCCCGCUGGUUCAACCACUUCUAAGCCAGAUGGGGGGGAGACGACCAUAGUCAAAACAGAGCCCACGUCUACCACAUCAUUAGAGGGGGGAGGUGUAGGAGUGGAUACAAGCUCCACCAAAAGUACCGUUGUCCCAAUUCACCCAGCCCAGACCUCCAACCCUACCCCCAAGGACACACGCACCUCCACGGGUGAAGGAAACUCCACUGCCUUGCACUGGCUGGCAGACCUGGCCACCCAGAAAGCCAAGGCAGAGGACUCCAAAGACUCUGCUCCUCUUCGCUCUGUGAUGGGCCGCGACACGCGCUCCCCGUUCGGCUUAGACUCGUUCAGCGCCCUGUCCAAGCCUUCAUCCUCCUCCUCCUCCUCCAGUCCUAAGCUAUUCAACAGUCUGUUGCUGGGCUCCAGCAACACACAGCCCAAGCCGGAGGGCUCCAGCCUCAGAGACCUGCUCAACUCAGGCCCAGGGAGGCUACCUCAGGGCACUGGAGACACUGGAGUGCCAUUCCCCUCUGUCUUCUCCACCUCAGCAGGAGGAGACAAGAUGAAGGGCAGCCUGCCGAACUUCCUGGACCAUAUCAUUGCCUCGGUGGUGGAGACCAAGAAGGCUGAGGGCCGUCGUACAGGCGAGGGUGGGAGUGAGCUGGGCGGUUUGGGGCGCAGGGAUGGGGUGAUGGGCCUCAGUGUGCUUGACCCUCACACCUCCCACUCUUGGCUUUGUGAUGGACGCCUGCUCUGCCUGCAGGACCCCGCCAACACCAACAACUGGAAGAUCUUCAGAGAGUGCUGGAAACAGGGGCAGCCGGUGCUGGUGUCUGGUAUUCAUAAGCGUCUGAAGGGACCUCUGUGGCUCCCUGAGGCCUUCAGCCAGGAGUUUGGGGACCAGGAUGUUGACCUGGUCAACUGUCGGAACUGUGCCAUCAUUUCUGACGUCAAGGUCCGAGACUUCUGGGAUGGUUUCCAGGUCAUCUCGAAGCGUCUGAAGGGCACUGACGGCCAGCCCAUGGUCCUGAAGCUGAAGGACUGGCCUCCAGGAGAAGACUUCAGAGACAUGAUGCCCACGCGGUUUGAGGAUCUGAUGGAAAACCUGCCCCUCCCAGAGUACACCAAGAGAGACGGGCGUCUGAACCUGGCGUCACGCCUGCCCAACUUCUUUGUCAGGCCCGACCUGGGGCCUAAGAUGUACAACGCAUACGGCCUAAUAGAGACAGAAGACCGUAGUGUCGGCACCACAAAUCUUCACCUGGACGUGUCUGAUGCGGUCAACGUCAUGGUGUAUGUCGGCAUCCCUGAGGCGGAGGGAGAACACGUCAAGGAAACGGAAAUCGCUGGAUGUAAAGAGGUCAUGACCACCAUAGAGGAGGGAGAUGUGGAUGAGAUGACCAAGAGGAGGGCGUACGAGGCCAAGGAGAAGCCCGGUGCCCUCUGGCACAUCUACUCGGCCAAGGAUGCCGAGAAGAUCCGAGAGCUGCUCCGCAAGGUUGGCGAGGAGCAAGGCCAGGAGAACCCUCCAGACCACGACCCCAUCCAUGACCAGAGCUGGUACCUGGACGGAGCGCUGCGCAGAAGGCUAUAUGAGGAGUACGGUGUGCAGGGCUGGGCCAUCGUACAGUUCCUGGGAGACGCGGUCUUCAUCCCUGCCGGGGCGCCCCACCAGGUCCAUAACUUGUACAGCUGUAUCAAGGUAGCAGAAGACUUUGUCUCUCCGGAGCAUGUGAGGCACUGUUUUAGACUGACCCAGGAGUUCAGACACCUGUCCACCACACACUCCAACCACGAGGACAAGCUGCAGGUGAAGAACAUAAUCUACCAUGCCGUAAAGGACGCUGUGGGGACUCUGAGAGCCCAUGAACCCAAGCUAGCACGCUCCUAGUGCUCGCUACACGUGUACCGACACACACACACACACACACACACACACACACACACACACACACACACACAAACAAACUGAGAUGAUAGACUAGAGGUCUCAGAGGCGUGGUGACAUGCUCACACAACUUUUUGUGUGUGUUGGGGGAUUGGUCUUGUCAGCGCUGUGAUGAAGGCAGUAAUGCUUCAUCACUGUUACACGACACGCUCCACACGUCUUAGCUGUUUUCCAAUUCACUUGAUUCAUUGUGUAUUUAAGGUGGGUGUGUCUGUUCUGUUUCUGUGUGUGUGGAAGAGAAGGGGAGCAUGUGACGUGAGCUGACAUGCCUUUGGAGUGCAGGGGUUUGGCUUCUGUGUACUGUCUAAAUGUCAGCACUGGGCAGUAUUUUUUUGUGAUAACUUUUCACAUUAUUCUUCUUCCACAGAGGAGUGAUUUUAUCUUUUUUUGUAGUUUUUUUUGUUUUGUUUUUACAAAUGUCCUUUCAGCCUCGGCGGUGGAAUUGGGACGUGUGAAAGAAACAAGCGUCGAAGGGAUCUAGACCAAAGUUUUGUAUUUUUAGUUUUCCUAUUUUCAAUUAAAUGCAAGGACUUAUUAAAAUAUUUUCCUUUUUGGGUGGGGGGAGGGGGUAAUUAUGAUUAUUGGUUUUCAAUGGUUGACAGAGUGGCUUAGGGGGAAAUGUCUCUAUUGGUUUGGUCACCUUAGUUGUCCCAAGGUUUGAAUAACUGCAGAUUUCAAAAAGUUGUAAAAGAAUCACAAUUCCAACUGAACAGAAACUACUGGCCGUUAACAGUGUAUCAAUAUAUAUAUGUUGAUGAUCUUAGCAGUCUGAUUUUUUUCAAAAUAAAGUUGAUAAAAAAUAA